UGCAUAGUAGGGUGCGAACGUUAGAAAGUGAAAUUGUUUGUCAUUCAGUAGGGAAAAGACCGUAAAGAUGGAAGCCGCUGACGAAAACGACUCCAAGCCUUAUGAUACUCGGCAUGAAAGCAAACCACGCAGCAACACUCACCAGCGGUCGAUUGUGACUGCACCAGCCGUGUCAGCAGCCAUUAUGGAAGAAAACUAUGAUACAACUCAUCCGAAGCUUGGAAUAGCGAUUAUCAUUAACCAGGUGAAUUUCAGUGGUAUGGCUAAGCGAGAAGGUAGUGACCGGGAUCGUGAUAGUAUUGGUGCAGUGUUAGAAAGCAUCGGAUUUGAUGUACGCGUGUUCAAUAACCUCGAUAAAAAGGAUCUUCUAGACGAGCUGGAUAAGGUCGCUCACGAAGAUCAUUUGCAGAGUGAUUGUCUGGUGGUGGUGAUAAUGACACACGGCGAUAAGGAUGUCCUGUACGCGUCAGAUAAAUGCUACCCCAUCGGUUGUCUGUGGGAACCGUUUCUUGGUGAUGAGUGUUCGUCGUUGCGCGGAAAACCGAAGCUGUUUUUUGUGCAGGCUUGCAGGGGCAAUGCGUUUGACAAGGGAGUCAAGCUGGACAAGGCGGUGACGGACACGGUCGAUUCGUCUUCGAAGCGGUUGCUUUUUCUCAUUCCUACCAUGGCAGACCUGUUGGUGAUGUACUCUACGUAUGAUGGGCAUUACUCCUGGCGCCAUCCCAUCAACGGUUCCUGGUUCAUUCAAUCGCUUAGCACCGAGCUAGAGCAGCACGCUCACACGAAGGAGAUUUUGCAGCUGUUGACUGCCGUUUCGCGUAGGGUCGCGUAUCAGUAUCAAUCGAACGUGCCGGACAAUCUAGCUAUGGAUGCAAUGAAACAGAUGCCCUGCGUAGUGUCGAUGCUUACCAAGGCGUUCUACAUAAAACCCAAGUAGCGAACGAAAGCCAAAGACCAUCCGACCGGUACGACAUUACACCAUACGCCGGCCUUACUCGACCAGUACCUGUGACUCUCUUUCGCAAGUGAAUAAUGUUAUGCUCAGGAAUAAAGGAUGCUCGCCUUCCGUGCUAUUGCCUUAUACUGUCAAAAAA